AAUGCUUCCAAACUCUUUCCCACUCUGUUCCAACACUUGUUAACAACAACCAGCCCCUGUACAAUGGCUGCUCUCCACACCUCUUUCUGUCUCACAGUCGAAGUGCCCCAAACCCAAGAAGCCAUCCAACCAAAUCCAUCGUUCAAAUCCCCCACUUAAAACCCACUAAAAAAAAAUGCUCUCAACAGGGCUGUCUCUGUUUUCAUCACCCAACAAUCUCAUCCACAGUUCUCCCCUGCAUCCCCCGCGAAACUCACGAAAAUCCCACUUGAUUUUCGUGGUUUCAUGCAAUUCCACCACAAAAAUGGCGGCGACGGCGCCUGCGGAGACCAAGACAAGCUUCAGGUUCAAGAACUUGAUGGAGACAUUCGAGGUUGAUGUGCAGAGGGCGGAGAAUAGGCCACUGAAUGUUCCUUUGAUUGCGCCGUUUACGAUUGCGUCGUCGAGGUUGGAGGGGGUGGAGAAUGUAGCAAUCAGGAUUGAGCUGAGCAAUGGGUGUGUGGGGUGGGGUGAGGCUCCAAUUUUGCCUUUUGUGACUGCUGAGGACCAAAGCACGGCGAUGGCGAAGGCGGCCGAGGCUUGUGAAUUGCUAAGGCAGACUCCGGCCAUGACGUUGGGGUUGUUGUUGGCGGAGAUUGGUGGGGUUCUUCCUGGACAUGAGUUUGCUUCUGUUAGGGCAGGAGUCGAAAUGGCAGUGAUAGAUGCUGUUGCUACUAGCAUUGGUGUACCCUUGUGGAGACUGUUUGGUGGAGUUUCAAAUACCAUAACAACUGAUAUAACAAUUCCAAUUGUUUCCCCAGCUGAAGCUGCUGAAUUGGCUUCCAAGUAUAACAAUCAAGGAUUCAAGACUUUGAAGCUUAAGGUAGGAAAGAAUCUGAAAGCAGAUGUAGAAGUUCUUCAGGCCAUACGCGGGGCACAUCCUGAGUGCUUGUUUAUCUUGGAUGCUAAUGAGGGCUACAAACCGGAGGAGGCAAUUGAAGUUCUUGAAAAAUUACAUGAAAUGGGUGUCACUCCUGUUCUUUUUGAACAACCUGUUCAUAGAGAUGAUUGGGAAGGUCUUGGUCAUGUUACUGACAUCGCAAAAAACAAAUAUGGGGUAUCUGUUGCAGCUGAUGAAAGCUGUCGGAGCUUAGCUGACGUUAAGAAAAUAGUCCAAGAAAAACUUGCGGAUGUCAUUAACAUCAAGCUUGCCAAAGUUGGGGUUGUGGGAGCUCUUGAGAUUAUUGAGGUGGCAAGGGCGUCAGGGUUAGAUCUGAUGAUUGGUGGUAUGGUUGAGACUAGAUUAGCCAUGGGCUUUGCUGGCCACCUUGCUGCUGGGCUUGGGUGUUUCAAGUUCAUUGACCUAGAUACACCCCUUUUGCUAUCCGAAGACCCAGUUCUUGAGGGUUAUGAAGUCUCGGGUUCAGUUUACAAGUUCAGAAAUUCUAGAGGCCAUGGUGGUUUCCUUCAUUGGGACAAUAUUGCUUGAACUGGCACUUUUUGGUUGCUUCCUUACCUCUGGACUGUGAGCAGCGUUUAUAUGAUUCUCCUGCUUUGAACUAUGGGUAGCCUGUCUGGCCCAUAUUUUAUGAGGGGCAGAACUCAUCUGUGCUUGGAUUGAUGUGUCUGCAGGUGAGACAUCUGGUUCAAGGAUUCUAAUAAUAUUUAUUUUAGUGAAUUCCAUCCUCUUGUAGUAAUGGUCGACUUUGUUAUCAUCAUUGCUAUUUGAAUAUAAAUUGUUUGUGACA